CGGGCCGGGAAGGCGCUGCCGCCCCCCGUUCCUCCCCGCCGACCCCGCUCGGGGGCCCGCAGCCUGCUCCACCUCCCGCGGGCUUCCAAGCGGUUUCUUCAGCGCUGUCUGCAAACAGAUUGCAGCCUCUGGAGGAGAAAUCUAAUCUCGUGCUGCAAUUAAACAGGAAACGAACGGGGCUUUUUUCACCCCUCUGUUUAAUUUCAGAAUCACAACAUGUAUGAUAGAAUCGGGUUUUAGAGCCUGCUUUAUGUACUGUUCGUAUUCUAGGUUUUUAACGAAUUAAAGGGCAUGCUGGUUUCUUUUCGCUCGUAAAACGUGCGUGUAACUUUCAGAGCCAGCAAAAGCAAGUUGUGAGUUAAUCUUGGGCUCUGGUGUAAUUCACUUCUGAAGAAAAGCAAAAUUACCAGUGUUUUAACAAGCCUGGCAAAGAAGCACUGGAAAGCAUCACCUGAUUGAUUAUUUCAGAGACUGAUGUUCUUAUUUCAGCUCACCUUAGUAAGGGCUUGAGUUUAGUCUGCUGCGUCUCAAUGACUCGAGGUUCUUGGUUAUUUUAAGUUAGAUGCAGUUGCCUAUUUAAAAAUGUAUUUGCCUUUAUUAAAGGCUUUUAAAAAGUUUGUAUUAAAAUAAUUACUCUCCUAGAAUCUGACUGAAUUGGGACUAUCACAGCUUGAGAGGCGUAUCUAAUGUUUUGAAAGAAUGGAUCUGGUGGCAGUUCAGCACUUAAAAAUGCAGCCUCAUUUUUUUGAUCAAGUCGGGUCUACUAUAUGUUUUUUGUAGGAGAAGAAAGCUCUGUAGGUACGUCAGUGAUUGGAAAAUGAGUAUGUUCCUGCCAUUACAGCCAAGAUUAUUUAAGAAGCCUCUUUUUUGUAUUCCUAUUUCUUGUACAUUUAACAUUGCAAAUAAUCCUUCAGGUUGUUGUUCUGUGUGUGGGGAUUGCAAGGAUCAGUUAAUGUGCUGAGCUGGUUGUGUUUGGGAUGAAGUUAACGUAAAAGUGUUAUACUGUGUUAUCUCAGGAUACAGUGACAGCCAAGCAUCUCUUUUUCCAUGGGGCUUGGGAAAAUCUCAGUGUCAUUUGAGUCAAUGGGAAAUUUGCCAUUGAGGACAGAGGGGUAACACUUCUGUCCUGCAUGUUCUGUGCUCAGUGUGAGGUCACUCCGUACGGUCACUGACCGGGAGACAGGCAUUGGCAGGAGUAGGUGUUUGAGACCUGGGUCUAGGAAGCCAAAAUCUGCAGUCUAUGUGAUUGCAUCUCUUCAUGCUGGUUUAUGUUUGCAACAAUCACAAGAACUGACCUCAUGUCGUCCAUCAUUUCCAUUUGCUGUGUUGGGAUGAACAUCGUGACUACUGGAAGACAUUGUGCUGGUUUUACGAGGUCAUAUGCUACAAUAUGAGAAAAACAACAUCCUAGUUACACACUGCUGGUCAGGAUUUCUUCCCAAAAUGACAUGUGCACUUAAAAUGCCUGUGUCGCUUUGAGCGUUACAUGGUGCUUAAGAGCAGCAAAGUAUUAGAGAGCCUGCAAAGAGUUUCUUUGGUCCAGGAACCUUCUUCAGAAAGCCAUUGAGACUGUAACUGCUGAAGAAGGCCUUUCAGCGAGGAAAUUAGAUAGGCUUUCUCUCUUUAAGUGAGUUGAAGGCAAAAAACAUGUUGGGGUGAAAGAGGUUGACUGCUGUUCGUAGCACAGGCACCGGCCCCGCUCUGAGCAUUGAGGGUUAAGGCUGUGGAGGUCUAACUGUAGGGCAGGGGCCAAGACUGGCGUGUGGGGUUUUUUGGCUUGCUUGUAUCUCUCAAGACGGUGCAAAGACAGGGAAACAAGCUGUGUUUGCUCCAUAUGUUGUGAUAGAAGGACUAAGAACCUGUGUGAUUGAAAGAGAUGUCCCCUUUGCAAUGCUGUUGGGUUGAAAACUGCAGCUGGCAGUAAAAAGGCAAUGUUCUAGUUUUCACUUUGGAGGCAAACAGAUGGCUAAGGAUUGGUUUCAGAAGCACAUGAAUUUUACUUCUGCUUUGUAAAAGAACAUCGUGCGUCAGCUGCAACACACGCAAGACAACCGUCUUCUUUCCAUGCACCCUAGGCAGUGGAUCUCUUUGAAGCUUGGGAAGACUAACGUGUUCUAUUCACAGGCAGGUAUGGACCUAAGUAAUUCUCAGGAAAAGCCCGUGGCUGCAGAAGGACAGGAGGUUUUGACAGACUGUAAUCUGAACAAAUCCCAGGAAAUGGAAAAUAUGGAUAUUGCAGAAGAUAUGAAGGAACACAGUCAGUCUAAUGAAGAAGCAGGAGAUGAUGUGGUUAAAGUGAAAGCUGAAUACAGUGAAAGAGAGGAGAAUGCUUUAAAUUCAGAACAUAUGGAAACCCCAGAAGAAUCUGAAAUGACUUACACCUAUCCCAGAGAAUAUAAUGAAUAUGAAAGCAUAAAACUGGAAAGACAUUCUGGCUCAUAUGACAACAUCAGGCCAGCUAGUGGAAAAAUGAAUUGUGAUAUCUGUGGAUUAGCCUGCAUUAGCCUCAAUGUCUUGAUGGUUCAUAAGCGUAGCCACACUGGUGAACGGCCAUUCCAGUGUAAUCAGUGCGGAGCUUCCUUUACUCAGAAGGGUAACCUCCUCCGCCACAUUAAACUACAUACGGGGGAAAAACCUUUUAAAUGUCAUCUUUGCAGUUAUGCCUGCCAAAGGAGGGAUGCGCUAACAGGUCACUUAAGGACACAUUCUGUGGAGAAGCCAUACAAAUGUGAGUUUUGUGGAAGGAGCUACAAGCAAAGGAGCUCAUUAGAGGAGCACAAGGAGCGGUGCCGUACUUAUUUGCAGAACGCUGGCAUGUGCGAGGCUGCAAGCGUGGAGGCAAGGCACAUCAAGGCAGAGAUGGGGAGUGAAAGAGCCCUUGUGCUGGACAGGCUAGCAAGCAACGUGGCAAAGCGAAAAAGCUCAAUGCCUCAGAAAUUUAUUGGUGAGAAGCGACAUAAUUUUGAUGUUAAUUAUAAUUCAAGUUUCAUGUAUGAAAAGGAAAGUGACGUAAUGCAAGGACGCAUGAUGGACCAGGCCAUAAACAAUGCCAUCACCUACCUCGGGGCGGAAGCCUUGCGCCCUCUUGUGCAGACGCCACCAGCUCCCACCUCUGAAAUGGUCCCCGUCAUCAGCAGUCUGUACCCCAUCCCGCUGACCCGCGCCGACGUGUCCAACGGCACCUCGCAGGAUGCAGAGAAGAGCCACCCCCACCUAAGGGACAAAAGCCUGUCUUCUGACAGAGGCCUCUCCCCAAACAACAGUGGCCAAGACUCCACAGACACUGACAGCAACCACGAGGAGCGGCAGAAUCCCACCUUCCACCAAAGCCCGAUGAUCGCCGCUCAGGCCCGCAACGGCCUCCAGUCCUUCAAGGAUUUCCCGAGGCCAUACGACAUAAUCAAGCCACCUGCCAUAUGCCCCCGCGAUGCCUUUAAGGUCAUCAACAAGGAAGGGGAAGCCAUCGGGGUCUACCGGUGUGACCAUUGCCGUGUUCUCUUUUUGGAUUAUGUGAUGUUCACCAUCCACAUGGGCUGCCACGGGUUCCGCGAUCCCUUCGAGUGCAACGUCUGCGGGUACAGAAGCCAUGACCGAUACGAAUUUUCCUCACACAUAGCGCGAGGAGAGCACCGAGUAGUGCUCAAAUAACAGGACCGGGUUUCCGACAGCAAAUCUUUGGUUUAGAUUGGAGGGGAGGCUUGUUUGUUUGUUUUUGAAUUAGUAUAAAGAAAAGUUCUUGAGUAUUUUUCUAUGCCAGUUUUUGAAUGAGUGUCACAGGGAGGUGACACCUUUUAAAAUUUUUCUUUACAAAUAAUUCAGUGUUCUGUAGCAUCUAUGCCUAGCUGCUGUGGUGAGCAGUACUGUAUAAAAUACUAGGAGCCGAGACCGAUUUUUAUAUGAACUUUUAUUUUUGUGAAAAUUAAGAGCCAUUUAAGAUGUUUUUUUUUAUUUUUUAAUGUGCAUUUGGGUUUAGAAUGUAUGCUUUAACUCAGCGCAAAAGGUUUUUACGCCCUGCUGCCAGUUUCCCUGCUCGGUCAGAUGUAUAGUCAGAAUUAUAUAGGAGGAGUUUUCUCUAGCUGUUACGUGCCGGGUGGUCUUCAAAUGCCUAAUCACCGAAACAGGGAGAACGCGUGUCUGGGAGGGAUUAUUAAUUCCUCUUUAAAGGUUUUCCCCUAAGUCUUAAAGAGCAUGUGGCCCCACCACACUUUCAUUUUUCUUACCCCUCUGUUCACUUUCUUUAAAGUCACUCCCACAUGUCUCUUACUCAGUAAUAGCAAAAUAAGAAAUGAGACCUAUUUUGGUGUUGGGGUUUUUUAACUGUAUGCGUUUUUGGGAUACCCAGUUGAGGUCAUCGGUUGGCUCGUCCAUGCGGUCUGGGGGAAAUCCUGAUUUUUCACUGAUGGAAAGUCCUCCUUUCUGAUGGGUGCCAAAAGCCAGGACGAAACUGUGCUGCUCACUGUGCCCCUGCCUUGCUCCUGCUCAGCUCCAGCAGCAGAACUGGUGGCCGUGCUGUCCAGCCUGCGGCCAGCCCUGGCACUCAACAUCCCUGCGGACGGCAGGACGCCUUGGGCUCAGAGCGGGAGUCACCCUGUCCUGGCAGCAAACACCGUGAGAAUCUGCAUACAUGAAUGUGUGGGAGCUGACAGCUCAAUCACGCUGUCUGGUUUUAUGUGGGGAUAUCCCUCGGAGUGAAAUGUGCUGUUUUGCAAAAUGAGUAUUUACCAUUACUUUGAAGCUGGUUUUUAAAAUAGUUCUUUUAAUCUGAUCAUUGCUCUGCAGCUGUAUUAUUAGUCACUGUGCUGAAGAUAUGAAUUUGAUAACAGUUUUGCUGAGUGAAUGUUUAUUCUUUGCAAAGUAUUUUUGUAUAAUGUAGAGUUAGGUGUGUUCUGAUGGACUUUUUUGCAUCCAUUGUACGGUUUGAUACCUACGUUGCUUUUGUACUUUUUCAGCGUUGCUGUGCCAAUAUCCGUGGUGAUCCAUCCAUUUCCACGAGGGAAGGUUGGACCACAGAGACAAGGCUCAAGAAAUAAUGAAUUUCAUUCCUCCCUCUGGCCUGGGCUCACUUUUUUGGCUCAAAUACUUUCUGCCUCCCUGGGUUUUAAGGUUAAAAAAAAUAAUUGUAUUAAUUUUCCCCAAUAAUGGUACGUCUGAAGAAAGAUAAAUUAGUCUGCAGGGUGCUUGAGUAGCUGAAGAAGUGCUAGACCCUACAUCUUGCUUAUCGUUCGGGGUAAGGAGAACUAUUUUCCUGCCUUGUGUGACGUCCUGUGCGUAGUUAUAAACUAGGUUUAGGGUCUUUUCCAAUAACCGGUUUCCCAUCAUGAGGCACGUGAUGAAUUCAUCUUCCCCGAUGAAUUGUCACGCUGUGACAGCCAGGCUGCGGUUCCAACCAGGGCUUAAUGUGACUGCUGGAGGAUUGCGGCCAGCAGGCUGGACUGGGAAAGGCUUCAGCCAAUUCCAUAGCUCCAUCCCUCCUGCUGCAUUUUUGGGGGGAAGCACCCGCGUUACACGCACACCGUGGCUGCUGAAUGUGCUCCUCAGGGUUCCGCAGAAACGAAGAAGAUGACGCAUAAUAAAACGUAACUUGUCAUUUGCACAGGAAGCUCCUCAGCUCGCCGAACGUGUGGCACACAGCACUGCCGCUGGCUUUCUCACGCCGCCACCGAAUCCUUGAAAACACUCUGCAGAUUACUGUCCCGCUCCUCACUUCCCGCCAGGCAGGGCCUCGGCCACCUACCCUUGCUUCCCAGAUAAGGUGAGCAUCCAACCGUGAGGAAUGCUGCCAGGUUUUUGAAGGGAAGGAGGGAUGGGUUUGGAGUGCCUGGCCCAGACGGCACCGUUUUCCCACUGCUGCCAGGGCAGAGUCAGGAUUUCGAGGCGGACUGAACCGAAAGAAGUUCCCUGUGCUGUCUGGCGUUGACAAGCCAUAACCUCCUGGAGGUUAUCGUUGAGCAGUCGCGUGUUGUGGAAUUUCAACCCGGUCUUUUAUUAAAAUGUAGAUAUAUUUUUAUGA